UGUUAGUGGAGCAGCUGAGACCGCGGAGAAAAAUAUAUUGACUAGUGCCAAAGAUCGGUGUUUUUUAAUGGACUUUGACUCUAUCGUUUGACACGAGCUUGCUCGUUUCGAUAGUUUGACAAAAAGUGGAGUCAACAAGGUGCAAAAUACAGCCUUUGUUUUGUGUUGCCAUGGAAGGGGCUUUGCCGGUGGAGUUUAGAAACGUGGGGUGCAGUUACUUCCCUCAGAGCAGAGUUGAUUGCCACUACACUUUGAGCUCACAGCACACCUGGGCCAGCCAUGACUGGAUUGGUCUUUUUAAGGUGGGAUGGUCAUCGCUGAGGGACUACCACACAUUUGUAUGGUCACUGGCCCCAGAUGACUACCAAGAGGGCACAGAUGUCAACUGCUGCGUGCAUUUCCAGGCCUCCUACCUCCCCAGGCCAGGCUCCCAGGACUAUGAGUUUGUGUACAUUGAUGGUAAGGGUGAAGUGUGCUCUCGCAGCCCUAAAUUUACAUUCUGCGCCCCAAAGCCCCUUGAGGACCUGGUCACCCUGGAGGAGGGGACCCAGGGAGAGGAGGGAGGCACAGACAUGCUGCUGGUAGUACCCAGAGCUGAGCUCCUGCAGAGUCGACUGCAGGAAUGUCUUCAAGAGCGGGCCGAGCUGCUGGAGGCUCAGGAGGCAGAGAGCAGGCAGCGGGAGAGCGAAAGGGAGGAGUACAAGAGGGAAAGGAAAGCAUGGGACAAAGGACGCAGACAGCUGGAGAGCAGCAUCAGCAGGCUGCAGGAGGAGCUGAAACAGAGCCAAGAGAAGAUGGAGGAGAUGGAGAGGAAACAAAAGGAGGCAAAGGCUUCAGGGGAGAGCCUGAAUGAAGAGAAAAAUGCCUUAUUGGCCACAAAGGAGGUGAGCAAACUGCGAAUCGGAGAGCUGGAGGAUGACAUCAAAACCCUGGCACAAAGGGCUGUAGAGAGAGAGACUGAGUUGGAGAGGAUGAAGGAAAAGGCCAAGAGAGCUGCAGCACAGAAAAAAGAGGAGGAGAAUGAAAGAAAGAGCCUUCAGGCCAAACUGGAACAGAGGGAGAGUGAGCUCCGGAGUCUUUCCAAAGAGUUUCAGGGCCUGAGGAGCUCCCUGGCUCAGAGAGACACCAGUGUCCUGCAGCUCCAGAACACCAUCAGCACCCUCACCCACAAACUCACCAUUGCCCACAGGAAAGAGGCAGAGAGUGAGGUAGCCCUGAAAGAGAUGCGCAGCCUGCAGGAGCGUUUGAGUGCCAGCGAUCACACCACAGAGAGUUUGAAAGGGGAUCUAAGCACCAUGAUGGCCCAGAGGGACCACGGGCAGGCUGAUCUUCACCAGGCUCGCCUGCAGGCUGCCCAACUCACAUUGCAGCUAGCAGACUCCACUCUGGCCCUGAGGGAGGGCAGGGCCCACUGGGCCCAGGAAAGACAAAGUCUGCAGCGCACUGCUGAGAGUGAUCGAGAGCGUCUGGAGAAGCUCAACAUGGAGAUGCAGAGGAUCGAAGAGAGGCUGCAAGAAGAAAGGAUGGAGAGAGAGAAGGUGGAGGUGGAGCUUGGCAGAGAAAAGGAUUGUAACCGGGUCCAGUUGAGUGAGACCCGCAGGGAGCUACAGGAGCUGAAGGCCAAUCUGAGGGUGGCCCAGAAAGAGAAGGAGCAGCUGCUCACAGAGAAAAAGGAGCUGAUCGAGUACAUAAGUCUGCUGGAGCUGAAGAUUGGAACAGCAGCUGAUGCCAAAUGGAGCACUGCCACUGUCACUCCUACAGGACGCCCUGACAGCUCACUCUCUGACUCUGAGGAUGAGAACCCAGAGGCACUGCAGCCCCCUCGACACUCCAGACCUCUGGGCCACUACAGCUUGUGUGAGCAGGGCCAGCCUGACUUCUUGCUCCUUGCAACUCCUCCUUCCCCCAGGGACCAAGACCGUGGUGCUGUGGUCAUCAGCCAGCCAGCCCCUCUCUCCCUGCCACGCCAGGCAGGCAGUGACACACUCGCACACAGUUCUGAGUCGGAAGACGAAUCUGAUCUAGUUCCAUGUGGAAGGCACAACAGUGAGGAGGAGGAGGCAGAACUACUGCUGCCUGAGCACACAGACACCAUUCUCAGCGAUCUGGCUGACACCUCUCUAUGGUAAACUUAAAACAUCCAAUGGCAGUGGCAACCCAAGACUGACCAAGCAAGGUGAUUCAGACUUCCUCUUCCAAGUCAGCGGAGGUCUACGUUACAAUUACUAGCAAACACUUAAACACUAAACACACAUGCUAGCUGGCAACUCACUCACUACUCUGACAAAAUGUUAAUAUCGCUUUGGAUAAAAGCGUCUGCUAAAUGAAAUUGUACACUGUAACAUUGUACUAUGCAGUUGAUAUUGUGUCUCCUAUGAAUUUCUAUGUAUCCCAUCUUAGACCGCUAUGUUACUGCUCCUGCCUUUUUGUUAUUAGGAAUGACAUAAUGCUCGUGGCUAUGGGUUGACACCAUAUUUAUGACUGAAAUGGUUUGAAAACCGCGGGCUUAUCAGCGCUAGGUUUGGCAUUUGAAAGUUCACAGGAUCUAGGAGAAUGAUUUCAGUUGAAUCAUUGCCGUGUCGAGGUCUUUACGACGGGUGUUAUGUCGUUUUUAUGACAACUGUGAUUAGGAGUCAUGACAGCCACUGUAAUUAUGAUGUUUUGUGCAGGCCCGUCUCCUCUGGAAAUCAUGGCGAAACCCUCUUCCUCCAUUACAUUCUCCAUAGCAGCUUUAAACACCACUCAAGAUACUGUAAAUUAAUCGUGCGGCAUCAUUUAAGAAUUUACAGUAGAAUAAUGCAGUUUUAUUGGCCUAUUAUAUAAUGUUUCUCCUCCCUUUAUCCAAAACUGUUAUUCCAUUAUGUGUUCGCUAUUGAUUGUUUUUACGCAGAUGCAUUUUUAGGAGGUUUAGUGAUAGGGGGGAAAAAGCACCGUAAGAUGGACAAGCGUUUUGAUAAACGGUGAUCAAACACGUUUUGUUUUUUUUAAGUGUUUCAGGUUGGAUGAUCGAUACUAUGUGCUGCUUGGAUAUUGUCCUAUUCUAAUCAUUAUGAAGCAACAGCUCUCAUUAGCCUUUGGCAAUAGAUUAGCUGCAAUAUUAUAACACUUGAUUUUACCUCACAGAAGAUUGCAAUGAGAUGCUAAUUUGCUUAUUGAUCCAUGAAUAUUUAGCCAUGUGCUUUAUCUCACUUCAGAAUAUGCAGGAUGUCACUCUUUCACAAUUAUACAAUUAUGCAGUUGGAAAUUUGUGCCUAGGAUAAUAGAAAAUAGUCACAUUAAAGAAUAUCUAUUGUGUUAAUAGUGACAUGAAGCAGGUGAAGUAUUUCCCCCAUAGCGUAUGGCAGUUCACAACCUGCCUACCUUUGAAUCAAUACUGCAUGCAUUUUUUUUCAUGAUUUUUCUAUUUAUAAUAAAUUUGGGAUAUAUUGCAAUGAAAAUACUUCCAGGUUAAGCUCUGACGUAGGUUUUAGGUUUUCACACUGCUCAUGUUGAUGCAAUUUGUGAUAAAUGAUAGUUCAGGGCUUAUUCAUUCAUGCUUGGCUCAAAAAGAAGAAUUUGUUAGAAACGAUUUGAAGCUUGAUUUGUAUUUGCUCUAUUUGCACCCUCUUUUUGCUACAACAGAUUUUUUAGAUGAAAAGUUGAUAUAUGGAGGCUUUUGUCAGAUCUGUCCUCUUGUCAUCGUAAUCAUUACUUUUUAUGUGUUUACUCACAGUUUUAUAUAAACUUUUGUUUUGCUUUUUCAUGUUUUCUGUUUUUGAUAGUUGAAUAUGGCACGAUAUAGUUUGGUGCUAAUGAAAGGGACUAGUGCCAGCAUGUUGACUUUUAUGGAAAGAAAUGAAAUAGCUUCUAAUAAUUUGGCAACUUGAGCUGGAAUGGGAAGAUUUGAUUCAUCGUGUUUCAACAAUCUCUGUAGUUAACUCUGUCUGUGCAAUGGUUCAUUAACCCUUUGUAGCCAGAUAUCCCGUUGUCGCAGUGCACAUUGUGCAUGUGGAGGUGCAGAGGAGGACGUGGUGUACCCAGAAGUUAGCACGCUACACUUUUUUUUUCCUUAGUCCAUACUUGUGAUUGUUAUUUGAGUUGAUGUCUCUGAGGAAUAGGCUAAUUUUUUUUCACACUGUACUGACAAUUCCUGUUGAGGUAUCUUUAUAACAUUUCAGCAAGGCUCCAUGGGUAAAGAUUUGUUUGAAGUUUUGCUUGUUAAAUUCAUCCUGCAUCUAUAACACGGAUAUUGAUAAUAGUCACGUGAGGGGGUUUUGGUGGGGUUCUUUGUAAUAAAAACGGUUUAUGUAUCCA